AUGCUCUCGGUCUUUCUGAAAAGUUUAAUCCUGAUUCUGGGGUCAGUAGGAGGUCUUAUAGGGCUUGGGAUAGGCAUUGUAAAGGCCAUAGAUUACAUUGAGGAUAAGGCAUAUGCUGCAAAGAAGCACAUAGAAUCAAUAAUACAGAUAUCGGCAGGACUUCAUAUUAUUCUUUUAAUGAGGGGCGUUUCCAUCUUUCAAAUUCUUUUUAGCCUGUCGAUACAGUAUGCAUUCUAUUGCCUUCUGGAUAUAUAUCCUCUUGUAAAGAUGGAUAACCCAUACUUCAUAUACGGGACGAUUGCUUCACUUCUCAAUCAUUUCCUUGUUAUAAGGCUAAUAUUCUCCAAACCUGCUAUAUACGGAGCGGAGAUUGUACUCUACUUUGCACUGGUAUGGACAACACCGUUUUGUUUUUUCUUGAGCCUAAGUGCGAACGAUGAGGUCCUGUUUGUUAGAGGAAAAGCAUCUCCAAACACAAUAAUAGGAAAUUUUUUAAAGAAGUACCUUUAUAAGGAAAAGAAAUAA